AUGGUCCAUCGUGGAAGUUGCUUAAAGGCCUUAAACCCAUUCAUUGACGAUCAGGGGUUAGUCAGAGUAGGAGGACGGCUUGUUUAUGCUCCUCGCCAGUACAAUACAAAGCAUCCUAUUGUUUUACCAUCAAAAUCAUUGAUUACCAAGCUGAUUUUUAAUUAUGAACAUAUUCGGCUCAUUCAUGCAGGGCCACAGGCAUUGCUUGCCCACGUUACAUCAAGCUAUUGGCCAAUCCGGGGUAGACAAAUUGCAACACAGAUUGUUCGAAAAUGUGUAACCUGUUUCCGAGCGCGCCCUCAGUUUACUCCACCAUUAAUGGCGCCUCUGCCCAGUGUAGGCGUUACUAUUGCUCGACCAUUUGCCAAUAGUGGAGUAGAUCUGUGUGGCCCAAUAUAUGUUCGCAGUGGGCUGAGAAAGAUAUCACCGUCAAAGAAUUAUAUUUGUGUGUUUAUUUGCAUGGUUACUCGCGCCAUCCAUCUAGAAUUAGUGUCAUCACUGUCUACUGAAGAUUUUUUGGCUGCACUAUCUCGUUUAAUGUCGCGGAGAGGUCAAUGUGGGAACCUUCACAGCGACAACGACACAAACUUUGUAGGUGCAGACCGUACACUCAAGGCGUAUUUCAAGGCAACUGUAAACAGCAAUAAAGUGCAUGAUUUUCUUACUAUGCGGGAAAUUACAUGGCACUUCAUACCUCCUGCUUCCCCACACUUUGGAGGUUUGUGGGAGAGUGCAGUCAAGUCAGCUAAAAGGCAUCGUCUUCGAGUGUCAAAGGGAGUGUUGCUAACAUUUGAUGAAACCAGAACUUUAUUAUGUCAAAUUGAAGCUGCAUUGAAUUCUCGGCCUCUAUCCCCACUUUCAUUAGACCCAAACGAUUUCAAUGCACUGACACCAGGUCACUUCUUAAUUGGUGGUCCUCUCAUGCUACCACCUGAGCCUGAUGUGUCAUCCAUACCGCAGAACCGUUUAAAGCGAUAUCAGCUUAUGCGGCAGCAAAUGCAACUAUUCUGGAAACGUUGGUCACAGGAAUAUUUGCCUCAACUCCAGAGAAGGGGUCAGUGGACACAACCAAAUCGAAACUUUUGUAUUGGUGAUCUUGCAAUUUUGCGUGAUGACAGCAUGCCACCUCUUAAGUGGCCAUUAGUCCGCGUAACAGCAGUGCAUCCUGGGGCUGAUGGUGUUGUGAGGGCAGUGACCGUGCGAAAUUCUACUGGCUCCGAAUUUCGACGCCCGGCAGUCAGAUUAUCAUUAUAA